UUCCCAGUCACAGCCGCUAUGAGGUCUUCAGCUGCGCUAGAAAUUUUCGCAUUGUUUUUGAGUUACCUGACUCUCGUCACUAGAGCUGAUGACACCAAGUUGAGCAUUCACUACUCCGAUGGCGGCAACCUUACAACGAUCUCAGCCUCGUCGCUGGAGACGACGUCUGAUACAGACUUGCUGCUCACCUGCUCAGUUCUCAAGGAGUGCGCUAAUGACAAGGAUGAACUUACGUGGACUGAAGACGGCCUAGAACUAAAGGACCAAAUGUAUGGUGCCGGAAAAGAUGAACUAGUUCUGGAGAAAACUGUGAAAAUCAGCGCGCCAGCAUGUGGUAGAAACCUGACCUGUAACCGCUCACACAACCAAGACACUACCAGCCUUAGGAGCGUCACCGUGAACUGUACUGUGAAGGCGGAGGAAGUCUACGAAGCUCCAGAGUCGUACUCUGUAGGCGCGAUAAUUGGAAUUUUGUGCGGCCUCAUCGUAGUGCUUGGAAUAUUGGCCGUUGUAUUGAAUAAGGUGAUGUAAAGUCUGUGACGAGUGACAGGAUGAAGAAAAUCUAUGAGUUGUUUGUUUAUUGUUGUGGUAUAUAAUAACAAUGAAACCUAAAUAUCGCAAACGGUGGCGAAUACUUUGUGCAUUAAUGCGCUAGCUACUCCGAGCAAGAGUUUCCUCCUUUUGUAAUACACGUUAUUUCGAGUAUUAGUUACCCCGUUACCAGCACUUCCCGCUUAGAAUGUGAGUUCCUACCUAUGUAAUACCAGUGAAUUGGAGUACGAGUUAAUGAAUGUAAGUUCCACAUGUGCAAUAAUAGUGAUAGUGUAUCGUCUAAGCUUGAAUCUAAUGUCAUUUAAUUAUAGUUGAAGAUUUCUGCGAUUUAUUAGAAAGACGGGACAUUGUACAUGAGUUUCACGUGUCUCGACUGUAAUUGUAAACAGUGUCGGUAAUGUGCAAUAACUUGGAAUUUGUUUUCUAAUUAGUUUUUGUUCCACACCUGUUAAUGGAACUAGAAAUAAAAAUACAAUUUUAAUGUUGUAAGAGCAACGAAAAUAAAUUAUUUCCUUGUGGUAUUGAAUUAUUUUCUGAUCAUUGCUUCAAGCGAAGCAAUGAUCAGAAGAUCAGGCAAUGUCAGAAGAAAAUUUUUUUUAUUGGUGAAUUUAAUUAUUUGGUUUACAUGAAUAUUGCACUAAGGUGCUAAUUAUAUUGUUAAUUGUCCAAUGAAAUUAUGGUGUGUUAUAGAGACAUAGUGUGAUGAGACUAAUUAUUAAUUAAAAAUGAAAUAUAUGAAAAAUUCUUGUUUAAUUU